UUCUUGUUGUGUCUGUUUGCAAGAUCAUACAGAACCCACUGCAGAAUGGAAUCUGGUUUUAUUGUUCCGAAGACACCUUUCCUCAUCAAAUGGGGAUUUCUUUUUCCUGCCCAUUUGCUGAAUACAGUGAUGUGCAAAAUGGCUUAGAAUCUAUAAUCGUCAAGUCCAUCAGUUUUUGGGAUGACGAAGUCAAAACUCCUGUGCGAUCUGUCACUUUCAACAGUGGAGAUUCUGAACCCACAAUAUUCAAAACCUUGAGUUCUGGAAAUAUAGCAAUAGAAGCAUCGGUUAGAGACAAAAGUAUAAAAUUGGAAAAUAUGGCCUCAGUCAAGGCUCCACUGGACAAAGAACGCAUGGAAUCAAACAGCAAACAAAACAAAGUAAUGGAUGAUCAAUCCCCAAAAUUAGAUGGUCAGGUGGGGAUGGUCCAACCAUUACCAAUUUUGGAUCCCACCAACCCUGAGAAUGUGGCUGCAGUGAAGUUGCAGAAAGUGUACAAAAGCUUCCGAACCCGAAGGAAGCUAGCAGAUUGUGCAGUUCUAGUGGAGCAGAGCUGGUGGAAGCUCUUAGAUUUUGCCGAACUCAAGAGAAGUUCUAUAUCAUUCUUCGAUAUUGAAAAACAUGAAUCUGCCAUUUCACGAUGGUCGAGAGCAAGAACCAGAGCUGCGAAGGUUGGAAAAGGUUUAUCAAAGAAUGAUAAAGCUCAAAAACUCGCUUUACAACACUGGCUUGAGGCUAUUGAUCCACGGCAUCGAUACGGACAUAAUUUACACUUUUAUUAUGAUAAAUGGCUUCAUUCUCAGAGUAAAGAACCCUUCUUCUACUGGCUGGAUAUAGGAGAAGGGAAGGAAAUAAAUCUUGUUGAAAAAUGCCCUCGAUCAAAACUUCAACAGCAGUGUAUCAAGUAUUUGGGUCCGAUGGAAAGGUUGGCAUAUGAAGUUAUUGUGGAGGAUGGAAAGUUCUUCUAUAAGCAAUGUGGGAAGGUCCUUGACACGGUCGGAGAAGACAAAGAUGCUAAGUGGAUUUUUGUUCUAAGCACAUCUAUGUGCAUGUAUGUUGGUAAGAAGAAGAAAGGUGCUUUCCAGCAUUCUAGCUUCUUGGCCGGAGGAGCUACAUCUGCUGCUGGGAGAUUAGUUGUUGAAAAUGGAAUCCUAAAGGCGGUUUGGCCUCACAGUGGUCAUUAUCAGCCGACAGAAGAAAAUUUUAAGGACUUUGUCUCCUUCCUCGAAGAUAACAAAGUGGAUCUCACAGAUGUAAAGAUGAGUCCUGUCGAUGAGGAACUUGAAUUAUAUAGCAAGCAAAGAAGCAGUGGUCAUCUUAGAAGUUCAUCUGAAGAAGACUUUACUAAAAAGUUGAGUGGCUUCGAUUAUGAAGAGACCUGUGCUGAAGAUUUGACUCAAGAGAAAACUGAUUCAACAGAAGAAGAGACGACCACUGCAUUGGAACUGCCCAUAUCAAGCCGGUUAUCUAGCUUUAGAAGAAAAUUUGGUAACCUCGAAAUACCGAAAAGGAAUGCAUUGUAUGAGAGGUUGGACAGUGAAAAGCAAGAUUUUGGACCAUGUCUGAACAGUUUACCUGCAGAAUCUCCUGGGAGUGGUCAUGAAACAGCAGAAGAAACAUUAUCUUCAGGACAAGAUUACUUGGCUUCAAAGCAGAACUUGGGUGAUGAUCAGCCUGAAGAGAUCGAAGUAGAAAUCAUUCCUGAAGAAUCAAUUCUCAAAAGGAUUAAUUCACAUAAAGGAAUGAACUCAUAUCAAUUAGGGAAGCAAUUGUCCUGCAAAUGGACAACGGGAGCUGGACCCCGCAUUGGCUGUGUAAGGGACUAUCCCUCAAAGCUCCAGUUCCAAGCUUUGGAGCUAGUAAACUUAUCUCCAAAAAGUGAUGCCCUUUCUAGGUCAUGUUUGUUUCGACUCGUUAGAGGGCUGAGCUCUAGGGUAUUGACGCCAAGAAGUUCUGGUAGGGAAAAUGCUCCAACCACUCUAAAAACCGAUCACCGUUCGUGAACACAAUCCUCCUCCCCAUUGAUUAGAGGAAAUAAGUAACUGCAAUUGCUAAAUGCGAUGAGUAGGAUCAGGAAAUCUGUUUGAUCUAUUCUUUUCUGUGAAUAUAUAAUAGAUGAUAUAGGAAUUCUUUCUCACUGUUUUCAUUCAAAAUCACGUAUACAUUGUUCCUUCAUCUUGUAUAGAAGCAAAAUAUUGUACAAUUUUGUGGGGUUGAUGCCCUUUUAAUACAAAAGAAGAUAACAUUUUUCCCUAGCAGUGUUUAUUUCUGAAGUCAUCAAACACUAUGGUGUUUCUGAGCAUUCUCAGCACUGAAUAUAGAUAAAUUUCCUUUGGGAUUUCAAUUCCGAUACUAUGGUGUUUCCGAGUGUCCUUAGCACCAAUCUAUUUGGUUUCACUUCUCAACAAUUUGUAGUAUACGUGGUGUUGAUUGAGUAGGAUUAAUAUGAGCUCCAUGGAUCCCCUGCCCUCAAGGUUUCAAACUCUGAACUGAAGAGAGCUCUAACUUGCAGGCCCGCCCCACAAGACCAAAUGAAAUGCUGGCCUUGCAGUAUUAUAUAAGAAUAAUGCGGCUAUUAGAAUCCGAGCCAAGGUCACGUAUUCAUUCAAUAUCGGGUGGUGCUUGUUUAAAUGAAGUCCUGUGCACUUCCAUGUCGACCCGAAACUCCACCUUCCCGACUUUCACAACUAACGGGCUUUGUAUAAUUGUUCUUUUCUCGUACAAAUCAAAUACUCUGUUUGUAGCUUAGAAUCAUGGUGGAGCAGCGCUUUCACCCGUCUCGUCUGAGGCGGUAAGGCGGUGUGGAAAACUGAGAAUAUUUCUGCAUGCAUUGACAUGUCUACAUAAGUUUACGAUGGAGAAAUUUGUUUAUAGUGGCAUUCUGAUCUUGCGGCCAACAAAAACAAGAAAUUCUUGUUUCUUGGACUGCUGGAUGAAUGUAAGAACGUCUAGUCUACAUAGAUGGUGACUAGGUAACAAACGACAACGUUUUGGCACUCACGUUUGUCAUUUUCAGGUGCAUGCUAUAAUUGAUAUUAUUAGGCUUUCCAAGUAGAUACUUUUAACUUGAAAAAGAACAUAUAGAGAUUCAAAUGCUUGCUCAUGCCAAGAACUGCAGCAACUUUCAUGCUUUUACUUAACAAAAAUAUAUAGAUACAACUAGUUUACAGCUACAGAAAAUAGAUUGGUAAUGAAAAAAAAAAAAACCUUUUGAUUUCUGGGUAGGAAAUUUAAAAAAAUUGACAGGCAUUGAAAAUAACGGAAAGUAGUUAAGGCAGCAAA